GAUUCCUCUCUCCUCUGGAUCCUGAUAGUUUUUGGGGUGAGGGAGGUGAGCUGCGUGAUCACACGUGUCCCAGCUCAGUCUCCCCUCUGGCCACCUCAGCCCCCACCACAGUUAUGGAGAGAAAUUAGCCAGUAAAACUUAAAGAACAAGAGAACUACAUUCAAAUUGAGUUGGAAAAGAAUAUUUGGACAAUCUGUGAUUGUGAGAGUGGAUGAGUCUUCUAGCUAAACCUAUGACCUUUGAAAUCACAGCAAUCACUUUCUUCAUCAUCCUUCUAAUUUGCUUCAUUUGCAUCCUCCUUUUAUUGGUGGUUUUUUUAUAUAAAUGUUUCCAAGGCAGGAAAGGUAAAGAGACAAAGAAAGUGCCUUGUACAGACGCAAAAGGAGGUGUAGACUGUGCAGCGGCUGAAGUGGUGACAAGCAAUCCAGGGGACCAUGAAAGGGUCUUAAUGCAAGUCAUGAAUUUGGAUGUGCCGACGAGGCCUGGCAUUCUUGUCCAGAGACAGAGUAAGGAAGUGUUGGCCACACCCUUAGAAAACAGAAGGGACAUGGAGGCAGAAGAGGAGAACCAAAUAAAUGAGAAGCAAGAGCCUGAGAAUGCUGGAGAAACUGGUCAAGAAGAGGAUGAUGGUUUGCAGAAAAUACACAUAUCUGUCACUAGAACUCCAUCAGCUGUUGAAAGCCAAAAAAGACCUUUAAAAGGAGUGACAUUUUCUAGGGAGGUAAUUGUUGUGGAUCUUGGAAAUGAAUACCCUACACCUCGAAGCUAUACUCGAGAACAUAAAGAGAGAAAAUGAAGCUCAAAAAAGGGUAAGAGUGAAAGAAAAUGUAAUCUUUGACUAACAUUGAAAUGACUGAGGGUACAAAAUCAUGUUGAAACAACAAGACGAUGGGGAAUUAAGCAAAUAAAGAUAGUAUUUUACCUUUGUGCAGAAAGAAGUGGGCCAUGUGCAAAAUUCUGUAAGUAAAAUACUUAGAACUUGAAUAUAGUUUUUUAAAAAUUCAAAUCUGAGUUCAAGAAAUUGAUUGUAUUGCCCUUAAAACUGUCUACUCAAACACCGUUCUGGCAUGUGAAUAAAGUGAUUUUUGUUUGUACA